AAAGUAAGAUUUCUUUAUGUCCUUUUCCGGCAUUCAAGCAGCGUCCACGUCCAAGCUGCCGCUCGUGUCGCAGUGCCGUACAAUCGGAACGAACGCGCCGCCUCGUUCUCGAGCAACACUCGGGCCUCCUAUGCUACUGUACCGGUUGUUCCGCUCGAAGUUCGAGAACCGCCGAACGCAAAUCCGAACCCGAACGCUCACAACAACAACUGCGUUGAUAGAAAAUGGUCCGAUAUUGUAUCGGCCGCUGAGGCUAAUGCUAAUGCUAGUCCCUAAUGUUUUGGCCGCCUUCAAACAUUGGGGACAGCUACACGACGGUGUACCUAAUGGAGUGUCCGCCGACGUCUCUGUGGAGUGACGUCACGCCGGAGGAGCCGUCCGACGACGUCACAGCCCUCAUCGGGAGACCGAGCCUCCUUUGCUCGUGUGCGCGCGUGCACACGCUCGGCGAGGUUUUUGGCGCACGGAGCCUCGCGGCAGGACUCGCGCACAUCGACCCGGACCCGGACCCGGACCGAGCGUCAGGAGAGCGAGCGGGAGCCGACCCGGAUGAGCCAGGACCGACGCCGCCGGGCGGGCUCCGUGCGGGCCACCGGGAGCUAGGGGCCGCCCGGCCGCGGACGCUCUUCCUCGGCGGAGCGGAACUCGGCCGUCAUGGUUCUGGGCAAAGUUCGGGCGCUGGCCGUGUCCUUCGACACGCCGAACGAGAGCGAGCUGCCGGUGUUCUCCGGCGGGGAGCUGGUGUCCGGCCGGGUGCUGGUGGAGGUGGCCGGGGACUUGCGCGUCCGCAGCCUGGACGUGACCGCCCGGGGGGUCGCCAAGGUCCGCUGGACCGAGUCGCGCAACGCCGGAGCCAACACGGCCUACGCGCAGAACUACACCGAGGAGCUGGAGUACCUGCACCACCGGGACACGCUCAUCGGCGACGAGCCAGGCGAUUCGUCAUCAUCGGCGGCGGCGGACGGCGGCGUGAGCGUGCUGCGCGCCGGCCUGCACGAGUUCGCCUUCAGCUUCCACCUGCCGCACAUGGCGCUGGCGACGUCGUUCGAGGGCAAACACGGCAGCGUGCGCUACUGGGUGAAGGCGGAGCUUCGGCGUCCUUGGAUGCUGCCCGUCAAGGUCAAGAAGGAGUUCGUCGUCUUCGAGCACAUCGACAUCAACACGCCGCUGCUGCUGGCGACUCCAUCCAGAUCUUCGCCGAGGUGGAGAACUGCUCCGCGCGCGCGGUGGUGCCCAAGGCGGCGCUGUACCAGACGCAGACCUUCUUCGCCAAGGGCAAGGGCAAAGAGAUCCGGCGGCCCGUGUCGGACCUGAGCGGCGAGGCCCUGGCGCGGGGCCGGAGUCAGAGCUGGGACGGACGCGUGCUCAAGAUCCCGCCCGUGUCGCCCUCCAUCCUCGACUGCCCCAUCAUACGCGUCGAGUACGCCCUCGUGGUGUACGUGGACGUUCCGGGCGGUCUCAACUUGUCGCUGUCGUUGCCGUUGGUAAUCGGGACCAUCCCGCUGCACACCGCCGCCUCUCGCACCGCCAGCAUCAGCAGCCGCGGCAGCGCCUCCAGCUGGCUGGCCCUGGCGGAGCGCCCCGAGGCUCCGCCCAGCUACAGCGAGCUAGCCAUCCCGGAGUCGCACCGCCGCCGCUUCCUGCACGGCGUCCCCGAGCGGGAACGGGAACGGGAACACGCCAGCGCGGCGCUGCUCACGUACAUUACGGAGUUCCGAUACCUGCCUCCGCCGCUCUACGCCGAGGUGGACCCGUAUCCGGAGCCGGCGGACCCCGGGCGGCCCGACACGUGCCCGCCACGCCGAUGAGGGAAAACGUCGAGCUCGUCGUCGAUCACGUGACCGCUCGACGGUUCGAUGGCCGGAGAUUCCCGACGGAGGGCCGCCGCCGCCGCCGCC